GUGCAUGACAGCUUCACGAAACAAGACACAUCAAAACACACCUGGUGAGAUGCUCGAAAUUAGCGCGGCAACUCUGGAAGCCUGUCGGUGGCUCACAUCUUCUUUGGUGGCGUGGUGCGUGCAUGCAGAUUCAGUGAAGCUUGCAAAGCUGUACCCCACAGGGGCUGACGACUUCUUGGGCAAUGCGGAUUUGGAUGCCGCGCUGCAGCCUAUGUUGCUUGGAUGGCGCAAGUCAGCUGGUGGGGGCAAAAUAUCGGCUGCUGUUCGUGAUGCUGUUCGUGCUGCAGCGCAGAUCCAGAAGGUAUGGCGCGGGCAUGCAGCCAGAGCACCUAGGGCACGUCUGGCAGAACCUCUGCCAGGGCGCCCUCCACUGCCGCCAAUGCCGCCUCCUGAAGAAGCACCAGAACCACGAGCUUGGCCAACUGCAGCGCACCUUCCACAGCUUGCAGCUUCCUGGGUUGGCAGACCGAAGCCAUUUCCUCGCCCGGGGCAUGUUUGGGGAAGUGUGGGUCAGGCCUGAUGGGCUAGUGGCUAAAAGACCGCGGGGCGACUCCUUCAUGGGUUUCGGGGCAUGCUGCCAGCAAGUCUUGGGUGACUUUGCGCGGUCCAUGCAGCUGCCAACCCAUCCACUUUUCGUUGCGCCCGUUGGGUGGGCGGCCAAUCCGGUAGGCUGCGCUACGGUCUGGCCAUUUGUGGACGGGGUGCCUGUCGGAAGGGUUGCUUCAACAGCAGCCUCAAGGACUGCGCGUCACUGGCAGGUUUCUGCCAUCAACGCUAUCUCCCAUGCAAUCUCGAAUGAGUUCAUCUUGUGGGACCUUCACUUUGAUGACAUUGUGGUGGCGGGCGGUGAGCUACGAUUUCUUGAUUGGAGCAUGGCCCCAAGCAAUGACACAGGAAAUUUGCAGGCGCUGCCUCCAGCUUACCGGCAUGGGGGGGCUCAACGUGCCACCCUUCUAUCUUCAAAGAGUGCUGCAAUGAUUACCCUAGACGUCGACUUCUUUGUCGCUGCUGUCAUUGCUUUGUUCUUUGAUCUUCUACGCCUGGGGAAGAAAGAUGUUGCAAUCCGAUUGACUGUCCCGGGUGGUCCGAUGCCAGAGAGUGUGGCACAAGAGGUUGGCGGCAUUGGAUCUAUGAUCUACAAAGCAGCAUUGGCCGACGACCCAGGAGAAUACGGAGUCACCUGGGACCAUUUUCAAGAUUGUGUUCUUUCCGAGCGUCGCAUGUUCCCAGAAGAUUAGCUAUGAAAAAGCGUCCUUCUUGAAAGUCCGGGGCUGUAAAAGCCUAGGGCCAUGAAAGCAGGAUUGGGAGCGCAGAAGCCA